AUGUUGGGUCUGAAGGGAAGCAGGAGUCGGCGUGCGCAGACGGCGUUAGGAGCGGGCGGCAGCGGCGUGGGGUCUCCUUUUUUGCUAGCGGCCAGGAGCGGCGGCGCCCCGGCGCCAUUGAGCGGGAACACCCUUAACAUCAACAAGCAUCAGCCUCAGUCCAAGGUGGAGAUCCACUACGAGGGCAUCCUCUACACCGUGACACCGAACAGUCCCCUGCAGCCCUCGCCAAAUUUCGGUCCUUUGGUCCAGAAGACAGACCGCCAGACAGUCCAAUACCGCCACAAGGUGGAGUCUUUGAAUCCUUAUAUUCCGUGGGAGAGACAGAAAGACCUCACUGUUUGCGAGCCACCAAAACCACGGUGUUCUUUGCCUCAAGACCCAGCUAUCGUGCAGUUCUCACUAGGCUCAUCGACUUCUUCGUUUCAGUCCGUGGGUUCUUACGGGCCUUUCGGCAGGAUGCCCACAUCCAGCCAGUUCAGUCCGCAUUCCUUAGUGGGGCAGCAGUUUGGUGGUGUUGGUGUUGCUGGAAGCUCUUUGACCUCCUUUGGAAUAGAAAUAUCAAACAGUGGUACCUUGCUCCAGAGUAGUGCGGUUGGUUCUGCCUUUACACAGGAUACAAGAUCUCUAAAAACACAAUUAUCUCAGGGUCGUUCAAGCGCUCAGUUCGACCCUUUGAGAAAAACCCCAACCAUGGAACAAGCAGUGCAGACUGCCUGGGCUUGCUUACCUGCUCCAGCACGUGUUGGGAGAAGGAGUCUUGUGUCAACCAGGCCUGUGCUAUCCACCAGCCGAAAAGCAAGAGAGAAUCAAAAGCACAGGUGAGUUGAAGCACUCAACGUUCCAAGGCCAGAAAAUGAGCAACUCAGAAAUGAUAACAAGAGACAAGUAGCUCCAAGUGCUCCUUCAGCGCCAAGAAGAGGGCGUGGGGGUCGUCAGGGUGGCAGGGGAAGAUUUGGUAUUCGGCGAGAUGGGCCAAUGAAACUUGAGAAAGACUUUGACUUUGAAAGUCCAAAUGCACAAUUCAACAAGGAAGAGAUUGGCAGAGAGUUUCAUAAUAAAUUAAAAGAAGAUAAACUUGAGAAAUGGGAGAAGCCUGGAAAUGGUGAAGAUAAAGGAGACUCAGGAGUUGAUACCCAAAACAGUGACGGACAUGCUGAUGAAGAAAUUCCACCUGGAUGUAAUUGCUACUAUGACCAAACUAAAUCCUUCUUUGAUAAUAUUUCUUGUGAUGACAAUAGAGAACAGAGACCAACCUGGACUGAAGGAAGAUUAAAUGCUGAAACAUUUGGAAUCCCACUUUGUCCAAACCGUGGCCGUGGAGGAUACAGAGGCAGAGGAGGUCUUGGUUUCUGUGGUGGCAGAGCGCGUGGUGGUGGCAGAGGUGGUACCUUGACCAUGGUGGAUUCAGAGCAGGUUCUGGGGACCGAGAGUUUGCAGAUUUUGAAUGUAGGAAAAACACAGCUUUUGGCCCCUAAAAGGUCUGAAUUGAUGGUACUGCUUUCUGAAAGAAAGACAACAAAGCUGCUGCAUAGUCUACAGACAAAUCUCUGAAAAUAGGUGAAUGUCUAGCUCUUCAUGGUCCCGGAAAUUGAUUUCAGUCUUUGAGAAGAAUGAAGAAGUGAAUUCCCUGUGGGAGACUCUGCUUCCUGGCGGAGCGCCGCAGUGAGCUCAGAGGAACCCGUCUCAGCGCCAGGAUCCAUCCGGGUCAGGAGGAUUUGCUGCCCCCUCCUGGUUGAAUGCACGUCAUGUCGUCAAGCGGCCACCAGAUGACUUGCCGGUCCACUCAAAGGCGAACAGUCUGCUGGUCACAGGUGAGACUGUCAGCGACAGUGGUGGCUACUUGGUCCUUGGUGAGAGGGAGUCGCUGGUGUUGGUUCCAUGCAUGUCCUUUUUUUCUUUGAUUCCUUUUUUACAAUUUUUUUUGAGACGAAAUUUCACUCUGUCA